AUGGGAAAGGAAGAUGGGGAGACAGAGUGGAAUUACUGGUUUGGCCCUGUAGAAGAUACUGUGCGGUUUGGUGCAUUGGGGUUGGGGUGGUGGCUCCUUUGGGAGAGUUGGAUUAGUGGUCAGGUUUCUCGAUGGUUUUGUGAGGGAUUCGAUUGGGGAUUUUGUUUGAGGUUUUUUGGUUGUUACGCGUGGCGCAGAGGAUUUUGGUCUUCCACGUGUGAGA